GUUGGUUUGGGCGACAACAUUGCUUCAACGUUGCACAUGAUCACUAUUUCCUCGAAACAUGAAUUCUUCUCAUUCGCCUUUUUUUUUUUUUUUUUUUUUUUUUUUUUUUUUUGGCGAUUCGGGGCAUCCCAUCGAUGGUCACGCGACGCAUUUUGCCUACCAUUCACCAAUACUUUCUCGGCACUCACCAGAGAGCCCCAAUGAAACCCUUCCUUUUGUGCGGGAAGCUGGUCUUGCCGUCGCGCCGUCUCAAGACAACGUCAAGAAGACCAUGUCAAGUGUCAGGCAUCUCAGUAUCCGUACCGAAAAGAGACAUAUCGAGUCCGAAUAAUGACAAAGAAUAAACAUAGAUCAUUCGAUUCAAAGCCGCGUAGCCGCGUUACCGAGAAAAAUUAAGUUUCGGUAACGGGGAGGAAAAUACUGCUGCCUAUCCGCAUCCAUACUUACACCGCAAGGAAGAAAAAAAAGGACCCAAUAACCAUCACUAUGAACCAGUGAAGAUUCCAGAAAA